AUGGCUGGAUCUCUUCGCUCUUUGGCUUCGGCCGUCGGCCUUCUCGCCGCUCUCCCUCUCGCCCUCGCAGGCUUCUCCUCCACGUCGAAGUCGAACGUCGCCGUUUACUGGGGCCAGAACUCGUAUGGCCAGGGCAGCGGCCCCUAUGUCCAAGAACGGCUCAGUUACUACUGCCAGAACACCGACAUUGAUAUCAUCCCCAUCGCCUUUCUGACCAGCCUCAACCCCCCUGCAAUGAACUUUGCCAAUGCAGGAGACAACUGCACCACAUUCCCUGAGGAUCCGAGCCUUUUGGACUGCCCCCAGAUCGAGGAGGAUAUCAUCACCUGCCAGGCCGCAGGCAAGACCAUCAUCCUCUCCCUUGGCGGCGCAACCUACUCGGGCGGCGGCUUCUCCUCGUCCACCGACGCCGUAGCCACCGCCCAGAACCUCUGGGCCAUGUUCGGCCCAACCGGCUCCAACAGCAGCACCCGCGCCAACGUCCUCCGCCCCUUCGGCUCCGCCGCCGUCGACGGCUUCGACUACGACUUCGAGUCCGCCACAAGCAACAUGGUCCCCUUCGGCGUCGAGCUCCGCCGCCUCAUGGACGCCGCCACCUCGUCCACCGGCAAGAAGUACUACAUCACCGCCGCGCCCCAGUGCCCCUACCCGGACGUCGCCAACCAGGAGGCCCUCGCGGGCGGCGUCGCCUUCGACUUCAUCAUGAUCCAGUUCUACAACAACGCCUGCGGCGUCACCAGCUUCGUCCAGGGCGCCGCGACCCAGCCCGCCUUCAACUUUGACGUGUGGGACACCUGGGCCAAGCAGACGAGCAAGAACCCCAACGUCAAGGUCAUGCUCGGCGUCCCUGCCAACACGGGUGCCGGGGCUGGGUACGCCGAGGGCGCGCAGCUCUCCGCCGCGAUCAAGUAUUCGGCGCAGUUCGACAGCUUUGGCGGCGUCAUGAUGUGGGACAUGUCGCAGCUGUACGCCAACAGCGGCUUCCUCGACCAGGUGACUGGCGCACUCUGA